AUGGUGAGACUACGCGCUGCGUGGGUGGCCCGCCAGUCGGCGCGGGAGUUGGACGCCUUCAUGCACCAGCGGGCGUGGCACUUCGCGGGUUGUGGGAAUUACGCCAUCGCGGCGGAUUACAUCAUCCGACUACUCAACCGCAGGCCGAGUGAUCCCACCGCACUGCUGCUGGGCGAAGUGGCUGCCCGCCAUACACAACAGGAGACGUUUGAGGCAAAGUGUCUAGAGGCGCAGCGGCGAUUGUGUGUGCGGAAGAAUGUGAAGGAUGUGUUGUUGUUGGUGAAAGAUGAGUCGAGGCGGGAGAUUCUGCGAUCAUGGUUAGAGAAGGCACAUGCAUUACCUCAAUCCAUUGAUGAUACCAACAACAGCGGUAUGAAUACGAGUAGUGCUUCUUAUGAUGGGACUAUUAAUGAAGAACAAAUUAUUGUGCAAGAGACGGAACCACUAGAGGAAACACAAAAGGCUGUGCGUAUUGUGGCCCAGCGGACAAGUAACACGCCGUUGGUGGAGUUACUUCACCCAAAACAGAGUGUGUAUGGGAGAGGACUGUAUGCCACUACACGUAUUUCCUCUGGUACGACUGUGAUGACGGAUCAACCAUUUGUGGUUCAACGGAUGAAUGAUACGGCGUGUGCACAUUGUUUGGCAGUUCUUGGUAAAAGUAGUGGACAUCCUACAGGUGUGCCAUGCACACAUUGUGGGAAAGAAACAUAUUGUAGUGCUGCUUGUCGAGAAGCGGCGUGGAAUGAAUAUCAUUCCUGUUGUUGUGCUACCCGUAAUCCCAUGUAUGCCUCAUGGGAAGAAGCCAUGCGUGAGAAGUUGCGUGCAGAUAAUAGUGAGGAGACUCGAGCAGCUUUGUGUUGUCUCGCUGUAGCUAAAUUGUGUGCGAUGGCCACAGUACAACAGCGACAUCCUCUCGCACUUCAGCGUGUAUGUUCUUUGCGUGGUCGAGCGGAUUAUGAUGCUUCCACUGCACUUAGUGAAGUUGGGGCAUUAGCGGUAACUCUUGCUGCUGCACUACAUCAGACACAUCUGUAUAUGGAAGAGAUUCUCUCUCUCUUUGCGCUUGUGCAGACGAAUGAGUUUCUACUUCCUAGUGGUACCGCCUUAUAUCAUGCUUAUUCAUUUCUUAAUCAUAGCUGCGAUCCGAACUGUGCAUUAGUUAGUGGAAGUGGUUCUGGUGCGUUGAAUCGUAAACUCGUAACAUUGCGGGAUGUGCGAGAAGGGGAACAGCUAUUUAUUAAUUAUAACGCGAACCUCACAACAUGUGUAUCAUACGAGGAUAGACGCGCUCUUUGUCAGCAACGACAUUUUGAGUGUUUCUGUGCAAAGUGUGUUCGUAGGGAAUGA